AUGGAGCCCGUGCCAGUUCCUAUCGCCACGGCACCCGAAGGGCCACUGGCCGAGGGAGAGUGGUUUCUUAGAGUAGAGGAACCGGUUCGGCGCUGCACCACACCCAGGACCUCAGUACCAGCUUCGUCAGGUCAGUCACCUGUGCCCACAUCAACGGGCCGCGAGUCAGAGCCAGCUCCUUCCGUCACAGACCCCCGGAGUGAUGAGGAUGCCCCUCCAAGGAGGACCACUCGGGCCACGGCCGGAAGACACCCAAAUCGCUACCACCUUCCCCAACCAGCAAGAGUUAGUUCAAAGGAUUGGUUUGAGGACAUUUCCACGGAGCUGUUUGAUUUGGCUGGAGAUAUCACCCUGGGGGGACUGUUUCCAAUAAACCUGCUGUCGAGCAACUUAAGUGAGCGGACGGAGCCAGACAACCUCACAUGUGCAAGUUUGGAUAUAUUUGGACUUGGCCUCUCCAUAGUGAUGAAGUAUUCCAUAGAUGAAAUCAAUGUGAACCCAGCACUUCUACCUGGAGUUAAAUUAGGUUAUAAGAUCUACAACACGUGCCGACAGCCCGCGGUGAUCGUGCAGCCAACCCUGUCCUUUAUGACGAGCCGAUCGACACAGAAGCUCUCUGUGGACUGCAACUACACUGACUAUGACACCAGCAUCUCUGCAGUCAUUGGCCCCUACAGCUCCGAGAUGGUCUCUAUCAUCGGGAAACUACUGGGGUUCUUUCUCAUGCCGCAGAUCAGCUAUGGGGCCACAAGUGACAAGUUCAGCGACAAAAGUCAGUACCCAUCAUUCUUCCGCACCGUGCCCAGUGAUAAGUUGCAGGUGGAGGUGAUGGUGCUGCUCAUAAAGGAGUUUAAGUGGAACUGGGUGGCAGUGGUCGGCAGUGAGGAGGAGUAUGGCCAGAUGGGAGUGCAGGAGUUCUCCAAACUGGCAGAGAAGAGCAAACUGUGUGUGGCUUACCAGGCCCUGAUCCCAGUCUACACAGACCCAGCACCAGCCAUAGAGGUCAUCAUCAACAACAUCAAAGCCUCAAAUGUCAGUGUCAUCGUGGUCUUCUCUUUGGCAGAACCUGCUGUUGCAUUCUUUAAGGAGGUCAUAAGGAGAAAUGUGACUGGUGUGUGGAUCGGCAGCACUUCUUGGACAAACAACCAAAAGCUCACCUCAAUCCCAGAGAUGAAAAGUAUAGGGUACAAAGGUCUUUCCAUGGCAGCUAUUGCACAUUUUAAAGAAUACUUCCAUUGA